GCAGUUGCUAAUCAGCAGUAACAGUGGGGUCGGUCCGGUGCCUGGGAGGCGACGGAGGGCGUGGAGCUGGAUGUAUGAGACGGCUUCAUGGGCCUGAAGGACCAUCUGGACGAUGGAACAGGCCACAUCCUCAGCCUGGGGCUGGAUCUGGACUACCUCCAUGUGGAAGGUGCUGAGCGGCAGGCUGGCCCAAGCUUUGCAACAGGAGCUGAGAAUAUAGAAGUCUUACAGGUCAGAGCUGGUGCCUCAAAUAACAGCAGUAACAGUAUUGGCAGCACUGGCACUAGUUUUAGCACUCAUUCAAGCUACAGCAGCAGCAGUUGCAGCAACCUUUCAGAGGCAAGCGCCAUCUCUGACAGUGAAGAUGAACGGCUCCAGACUGAAUCUAAAGAUCAGCCUGACCUCCUCAGAGAGUCCUCUUCGGUCUGUCAGCCAGUCAGGCUGGACCUGGCACCAAACCAGCCCUCUGGAGACCCCGCACAGCCAGAAGCAUUAGCUCCCACUGACCCCGUCACAGACUGCCGCACCAAAUUAGAGUUUGCUCUCAAGCUUGGCUAUUCUGAGGACCUUGUGCUGCUGGUCCUGAGGAAACUGGGCCCUGGCGCACUCAUCAAUGACAUACUGGGAGAGCUAGUCAAACUGGGAACCAAGACAGAGAUGGAGCAGCAAGGAGGUCCGAUUGUCUCCCAGUCUCCCUCCUCAUCUUUGUCGUCCUCUUUGAGCUGCUCCUCCACCUCCAACUCUUCUCUGGACUCCUGUCGGCUACUGUGUCCAUCCAAGCUGCUGGAAGACAAAGAAAACCUUCGGCCUGUUGUUGUGGAUGGAAGCAACGUAGCCAUGAGUCAUGGAAAUAAGGAAGUGUUCUCCUGCCAAGGCAUCCAGCUGGCAGUUGAUUGGUUCUUGGAGCGAGGUCAUCGUGACAUCACAGUUUUUGUUCCUGCCUGGAGGAAGGAGCAGUCGCGUCCUGAUGCUCUUAUCACAGACCAAGAGAUCCUCCGUCGACUAGAAAAAGAGAAGAUCCUGGUUUUCACUCCAUCUCGUCGUGUGCAGGGACGCCGUGUGGUUUGCUACGAUGACAGAUUCAUUGUCAAACUGGCCUAUGAGUCGGAUGGCAUAAUUGUUUCCAAUGACAACUACCGGGACCUGGCCAAUGAGAAGCCAGAGUGGAAGAAAUUCAUAGACGAACGUCUGCUGAUGUACUCGUUUGUAAAUGACAAAUUCAUGCCACCAGAUGACCCACUGGGACGCCACGGACCGAGUCUGGAGAACUUUCUGAGGAAGAGGCCUAUUAUUCCUGAACACCGAAAGCAGGCGUGUCCUUAUGGGAAAAAGUGCACAUAUGGCCACAAGUGUAAGUUCUACCAUCCUGAAAGAGGCAGCCAACCCCAGCGGUCUGUGGCUGAUGAACUCCGUGCCAGUGCCAAAAGUUCAUCAGUAGCUUCCAGAGGCUUGUUGGAAAAUGCCUUGAUGGCGAAGAGCCAAAGCGGUAAAUCAGAAGAAACGGUUGAAGCUGAGGCAAGUCGGAGCGUUGGAAAUAAACUGUCAAAUCAGAGUCCUCGGAGCUCCUUCACUGAUCUCAUGGAGGACCGACUUCAGGUCCAUUCCAAAGCUGAAGGACGGAGGGGAAGCGGCAGCAGUGGCAGCAGUAGCACUGUGGGCCAUCCUGCUCCAGGCGGACCUCCGUCAUCAUUCGGACGUCUGGACCGCUGCGAGCUCCCUGGAGGAAGCAUUGGAAGCAGCUUCAGGGCUGCUGGAGCCUCAGGACCAAGACAGGCUGAAUCCUACCACAGAUGUGAGUCUCCAGAGUUAGGCUAUCGUUCUCUGGUGAAAACCUACUCAAGCCUCAGUCUCGUGGUUCCCCAGACUCCUGAAUGCUUCUUUCCAGCUGAUCUGCGAGCUGGUUCACUGCUUUCAGACUGUAGCAGUGAGGGCAGCGUCAGCUCAGACUCUUUCUCCCCUGACCCCAUGUUAGACGACAGCCCCAAGUGCCACCACCACCAUCCUCACCACCAUCACCACUACUCUGGACAGUUUUCUCAGCUUCCAAGCCACGUUUCUGCUGGACUGGGCCAGCACUCUCCUCAUGGCUACUCUGUUCCUCCAGGACUGCGUAGACACCACGGCUUCGGCAUGGAAGACCCUCCAUCGUCUGUUCCCUCUCAUGCAUCUCCACGUCCCUUCAAGACCCCUUCAUCCUACAUCCCACCCCAACGUCAGCAUCCAUUGCUGAGCAGUUUUGUCCGGGAAUUACCACCUCGUACACCCCAUCCACCCCUGACCUCCAACACUCACUCCCAGCCUCUUAGCUCCCCAUUCGGCCACAAUCUGACAGGCUCCCUUUGGCAGGACGGUGGUCUUCAGGACUCCAGAAUGUAUGAGGGGUCACCACUUCAGUCUAGAAGAAACUACUCUGGGCUAAACCAACAACCACAGCAUCAAGUAAACUGGGACACUAAUUAUCAGCCACCCACAAAUCCCUGCUAUGAUCUGUUUUCCCACAAGAACCUUCCACAAGUCCAUGGGAAGGCUUGGCACUCUCCGUGGAGCCAGCAAGCGCUUACCUCACCUCGUAGCCUUUCAGCAGCAAGUCUUCCAAAACAGCAGCCUCUUCCAUCCAUCACUUCCCACAAGAGCCACCUGCCUUCGGCGCCUCAGCACCAGGAACCUCCAGCCUUAGGUCGAUACCAGGACCUGAGGGAGAGAGUGUUUGUUAACUUGUGCACCAUCUUCCCUCCAGACUUGGUGAGGAUAGUGAUGACCAGGAACCCUCAUGUGAUGGAUGCUCAGGAGCUUGCAGCUGCAAUUUUGUUGGAGAAAUCGCAGCAUGGUUCUUGA